AUGAACAACACUCGUCUUCCUGUCUUUUACAAAUACUUUUUUAAAGAUCUGGUCACCUUGCUGGCGAUCGUACCACUGCUUGGGCAUUCACUGAAGUGUUUGGAAGGGACUGAUGGAAGUCAGCUGACAGAGGUGCAAAAAGAAGAAACAGCUGAUGAUAAAUAUAUGUGCAUGUAUGAGCCUAAAAAUCCCUGUACCUUUGACGAACCUGCUGAAUAUGGCAUAUACAGAUACGAUGAAUGGUUGGCAAGCAGUUGCUGGACGUUAGAACGAGCUGUUUGCUUCUGUGCGGAGGACCUAUGCAAUAAAAACUUCCAAUUACUGCUGGAACACUGGGAAGCUGCUCCCAACGAAAAUGAAACGCUAAAAGAUUGUGUGAAAAAACACUUUCAAGACAAGAUAUCAUCAUCACCAUCCAGUACUACAGGUGCCACGGGAAGUGACGGACAAUCUGACGGAACUAAUCCGAGUGGUGAACCCGCAACUGGAGCUGAGGGUGAUAAGAGUUCUUCAUCUGCUACUGGAGAUCAGGGUACUGACAGCGGCAGCGGCAGUGACAGCGACAGCGGCAGCGGCAGCGACAGCGACAGCGGCAGCGGCAGUGGCAGCGGUUCUACGAAUCCUACAGAGGUAAGCAAAGGUAGUACUGGUGAUCCGGCUUCUAACCAAGGUUCCGGGAGCGAUGUGAGCGGCGACCAUCACAAAGAUAAGAAAAAGGAUGAUUACGACUGGACUCUUUUCAUAAUUCUGGCGAUAAUUGCGGCAAUACUGAUUUUUAUAAUCAUCCCAAUAUUACUCAUAAUGGUUAUUGCGAAGUAUUCAAAAGCAAAGAAAUCAUCGAGAAAAGGAGCAUCGAGUGGGAAGAAAAGUGGAACCAGUAGAAAAACAAGCAAAAGCAAAUCAAGCAAAACCACCAGCAAAAGUGGAACGAGCGGCAGGAGCAAAUAA